GCAACAUUUUCACCAUGCCGCCCCUAGCCCUCACGGAGGGCGUGACAGUGGUCCUAGGUACCCAAUGGGGCGACGAAGGCAAGGGAAAGCUUGUCGAUAUCCUCGCUGCGAACGCCGAUGUCUGUGCUCGCUGUGCUGGCGGGAACAACGCCGGGCACACCAUCGUCGUCGCGGACGGGAAGAACGGCAAGGUGAAGUAUGAUUUUCAUAUGCUGCCGAGUGGUCUCGUCAACCCCAAGUGUAUCGGCUUUAUCGGCAAUGGGGUGGUGAUUCACAUCCCAUCUUUCUUCUCCGAGCUCGAGAAACUCGAAGCGCAGGGACUAGACUGCGCUGACAGGCUAUACAUCUCCGACCGCGCACAGAUCGUAUUCGACUUCCAUCAGAUCGUCGACGGCCUGAAAGAGGUCGAGCUGGGCGGCUCCUCAAUCGGGACGACGAAGAAGGGGAUCGGCCCCGCUUAUUCGUCCAAGGCUAGCCGGAGCGGGCUGCGUGUGCACCAUUUGCUCGCGAAUGAUGGAGGGAACAGCUUUGCGGACAAGUUCAGGAAACUUGUUGAGGGGAGGUUCAAACGAUAUGGACACUUUGAAUAUGAUACCGAGGCUGAAAUCGCGCGGUACAAGGUCCUUGCGGAACGUCUCCGGCCCUACGUUGUCGACGGCGUUACCUGGAUCCACAAAGCCCUUGCGGACGGGAAGCGUAUCCUCGUUGAAGGGGCCAAUGCCCUCAUGCUGGAUAUCGACUUUGGCACCUACCCGUUUGUCACUUCUUCCUCUACAGGCAUCGGGGGUGUGAUUACCGGUCUCGGCCUGCCGCCGAAAGCCAUCGGCCCCGUCAUUGGUGUCGUGAAAGCAUAUACGACUCGGGUUGGCGGCGGGCCGUUCCCGACCGAGCUGUUGGAUAACAUUGGUCACCACCUCCAAGAAGUUGGCGCUGAGUGGGGCGUCACCACCGGCCGUCGCAGGCGCUGCGGCUGGCUCGACCUCGUAGUGCUCAAAUACUCGUGUGCGAUCAACGGCUACUCCGUGCUGAACCUGACCAAGCUUGACGUGCUGGACGACCUAGAAGAGCUGAAGAUUGCCGUAGCAUACGAAGUCGACGGGCGGGAGCUACCCGGGUUCCCCGCGGACCUCGAGGUGCUUGAGCGCGUGAAGGUCCGAUAUGUCACAAUGCCUGGAUGGAAAACGAGCGUUGCCAAUUGCAAGAAGUUUGAAGAGCUGCCUGAGAAAUGCAGGGCUUAUGUAGAAUUUGUGGAGAGCGAGCUGGGAGUCAAGUGUGCUUGGAUCGGCGUGGGUGCGGAUAGGGAGAGCAUGAUUGUGCGAUAGGCGGUAGAUCAUAGAGGUGUAGAGAUCUAAAAGCAAAGAUGAAAGAAGUGUACCGUAGAUGGAGGCUGG